GGCCGGGCCGCCGUGAGGGGAGAAGCCCCGCGGGGGCGGGCAGCGGGGGCUAGCCGGCGGCGGGCGGGCGGGCCGCGGGGUGCCAGCCCGGGGGGUUCGCGCCUCCCCGGGGCCGGCGCCGGCCCCUCCGCUCGCCCCUGCCGGCCGGCCGGCGCCCCCUUUGCGGGGUCAGCUCGGGGGGCUGGACCCCGCUCUAGAUGGGAUAAGCUGUAAACAUGUUUAGCUUUGAAGGGGAUUUCAAAACGAGGCCCAAGGUGUCUCUCGGAGGAGCGAGUAGGAAGGGAAAGUCUUGCGUGGGCCCGCCUCGUUGGAGAGAUGGGGGGAGAACAACAGCCUUACACAACUCGAGAUCAACGCAGAUUGCUGGGGGAGGCUUCACCCACGAAGAAAAGGCUUCUCUCCUGCAUCGUACUCAGGAAGAAAGGAGGAAACGAGAGGAAGAGAGGCGGAGGCUGAAAAAUGCAAUAAUAAUCCAGUCAUUUGUAAGAGGGUACAGAGACAGAAAACAUCAAUACUCUAUCCAAAGAAGUGAAUUUGAUCGCUGUGCUAAUUUGGCCCAAUCUGGAGGAACCUUUUCCACUGCUAAUGGAGCCAAUUUGACUCUUUUAGUUCGUCAGUUACUCUUUUUCUAUAGACAGAAUGAGGAUUCUAAGCGUUUGGUAUGGAUGUGUCAGAAUUUAAUUAAACAUAGUUCUCAGUUUGUUAAGCAAUUGGAUCGUCCAGACAGACUUACUUGCUUAUUCCAAAUAAAGAGACUGUUGGGGCUGUGUUGCAGGUUAUUGCAAAAUUGCAAUGAUGACAGUCUGAAUGUUGCACUUCCUAUGAGAAUGCUUGAGGUAUUUUCAUCUGAGAAUACGUAUUUGCCUGUUUUACAAGAUGUCAGCUAUGUGACAUCAUUAAUUGAACAAAUUUUGCACUACAUGAUUCAAAAAGGCUACUACAAGUCGCUUUAUUUGUUAAUUAACAAUAAGCUUCCCUCGAGUAUUGAGUAUUCUGAUGUUUCUCGAGUCCCUAUUGCAAAAAUACUUCUGGAGAAUGUUCUGAAGCCGUUGCACUUUACAUAUAGCUCCUGUCCAGAAGGUGCAAGGCAGCAGGUUUUUGCAGCCUUCACAGAGGAGUUUCUGGCAGCACCUUUUACAGAUCAGAUAUUCCAUUUCAUCAUUCCAGCGCUUGCUGAUGUGCAGACCAUUUUCCCUUACGAACUCUUUCUGAAUGCACUAUUAUUAGCAGAAAGUGGAUGUUUGAGAAGAAGUGAUCAAGCCCCGUGGCUUUUUUACUUUGUGUUAACAGUUGGAGAAACAUAUUUGGGAUCCCUUUCAGAGGAAGGACUUCUUGUCUAUUUGAGGGUACUCCAAACUUUUCUCUCUCAGCUGCCUGUGUCUAGUGCUGGUACGAAUUGUCAAGAUGCAAAUAGUGAUUCUGAAGAUGAGGAUGAAGAGAUCAGUAAAAUGACAUCUACAGCAGGUGAUGGGAGAAUAUCAGUUCAGUACAUAACUGAGGAGUGUCUAAAGAAAUUGGAUACAAAGCAGCAGACAAACACUCUACUGAAUAUGGUUUGGAGAGAUUCAGCUAGCGAAGAGGUCUUUACCCUGAUGGCAUCAAUCUGCCACACACUAAUGGUACAACAUCGGAUGAUGGUGCCAAAAGUCAGGCUUCUUUAUAGUUUAGCCUUUAAUGCCAGAUUCCUGAGGCAUCUUUGGUAUUUGAUAUCUUCAAUGACUACACGAAUGAUUACAGGGUCUAUGGUGCCACUCCUUCAAGUGAUUUCAAGAGGCUCUCCAAUGUCUUUAGAAGACUCUAGUCGAAUUAUCCCUCUCUUUUACCUUUUUAGUUCUUUGUUUAGUCAUUCACUUAUUUCUAUUCAUGAUAAUGAAUUCUUUGGUGAUCCAAUAGAAGUUGUAGGUCAGAGACAAUCAUCAAUGAUGCCUUUUACGCUAGAAGAGCUUGUAAUAUUAUCACGCUGCCUUCGAGAUGCAUGUUUAGGAAUCAUAAAGUUGGCUUACCCAGAAACAAAACCAGAGGUUCGUGAGGAAUAUAUUGCAGCAUUUAGAAGUGUUGGAGUAACCAAAAAUACGGAAAUGCAGCAAUGUAUACAGACAGAACAAAAAAGGUGGAUUCAGUUAUUCAAGGUCAUCACAAAUUUAGUGAAAAUGUUGAAAUCUAGAGAUACCAGGAGAAAUUUCUGCCCGCCAAAUCACUGGCUCUCGGAACAAGAAAAUAUUAAAGCAGAUAAGGUUACACAGCUGUAUGUGCCAUCUGCCCGACAUGUCUGGAGAGUCAGAAGAAUGGGAAGAAUAGGACCAUUGCAGUCUACUUUGGAUGUGGGCUUGGAACCAGCACCUCUUUCUGUAUCUGAAGAACGACAACUUGCAAUUCUGACAGAGCUACCUUUUGUAGUUCCUUUUGAAGAAAGAGUAAAGAUUUUUCAAAGACUGAUCUAUGCUGAUAAACAAGAAGUUCAAGGAGAUGGGCCGUUUUUGGAUGGAAUUAAUGUCACUAUCAGAAGAAAUUACAUUUAUGAAGAUGCUUAUGAUAAACUUUCUCCUGAAAAUGAACCUGACCUAAAAAAGCGCAUUCGUGUUCACUUACUUAAUGCACAUGGUCUUGAUGAAGCUGGUAUUGAUGGUGGUGGAAUUUUCAGAGAAUUUCUGAAUGAACUACUUAAAUCAGGAUUUAACCCUAACCAGGGAUUUUUUAAGACCACCAAUGAGGGCCUUCUUUAUCCUAACCCUGCUGCACAGAUGCUUGUUGGAGACUCUUACGCCCGACAUUACUACUUUCUUGGAAGAAUGCUUGGAAAGGCUCUUUAUGAAAAUAUGCUGGUGGAGUUGCCAUUUGCUAGUUUUUUCCUCUCAAAAUUACUGGGGACAAGUGCUGAUGUGGACAUUCAUCAUUUAGCUUCACUAGAUCCAGAAAUGUACAAAAAUUUGCUUUUUCUCAAGAGCUAUGAAGGCGAUGUGGAAGAACUUGGACUAAACUUCACUGUGGUAAACAAUGACCUUGGGGAAGCCCAGGUGGUUGAACUGAAGCCAGGUGGAAAAGAUAUUCCUGUUACCAGUGCUAACCGAAUCGCGUACAUCCAUCUGGUGGCAGACUACAGGUUAAACAAACAAAUUCGACAGCAUUGCCUUGCUUUCCGUCAGGGACUGGCCAAUGUUGUGAAUCUUGAAUGGCUUCGAAUGUUUGAUCAACAGGAAAUACAGGUUCUGACUUCUGGUGCCCAGGUUCCUAUUAGUUUGGAUGACCUUAAAUCUUUCACAAACUAUUCGGGUGGCUACACAGCAGACCAUCCUGUAAUCAAAAUAUUCUGGAGAGUUGUAGAAAGCUUCACUGAUGAAGAGAAACGCAAGCUACUCAAGUUUGUAACAAGCUGCUCUCGACCACCUCUUCUGGGGUUUAAGGAGUUAUAUCCUGCCUUUUGCAUUCACAAUGGAGGAUCUGAUUUAGACAGGCUACCUACUGCCAGUACCUGCAUGAACUUGCUGAAGCUUCCUGAGUUUUAUGAUGAAAAUCUUAUGCGAAGCAAGCUUCUUUAUGCCAUUGAAUGUGCUGCUGGAUUUGAAUUAAGCUGAGUCGAACUGAUGCUUAUUUGGAUGAUCUGCAGAGGAACUAACCAGUGCCUACUCUAUAAGCAGCACCCUACCCAAGCAGUUUUAAGGGAAUUCUGUCUAGAUUUCUGCAGCUCUUGUGUCUUACUGAAUGCCCUCAAAUAGGUUUCAUUUUUAAACAUUAUUUCUUAGUUAGCUUUCAUUAAUUAAUAUUACAUUGACACUGCUUUAUGAUUGAAAACAAUGAAUGCUGUGUGCAGUGUGGUUGUUUUCUGUGUUUAUGCGAAGAAAGAGCACAUUUAAAGAACAGUGACAUCUCAGUGAAAUUAACCAAAGAUGAAGCUUUGGCUUUGUGCUGUUCAAACAUAAAUAAUUUCACAAACUGGCAAUAAAGUUGUGUACCAUGCAGCGCAUUGGGAUGAGACAGGGCUAACAGCCUGUAAUUAAUCUCUUAGAGGGAAGUGAAGCAGAUGUUUGCAGAUAUCCCAGAACUGAGAGGAUGAAAAUGCUCAUUACUGAUAACCUAACAUCUUUAUCUUUACUUAUGUUGUAGAAUUGUUUACAAAUCAUAGUUUUUGCAGAACUGAUUUUAUUUUAUACUACCUUCCCUCAAGAUGGUAGGCACUGAGAUAAAUAGUUUAUAAUAUUCCAUUUGUGCUUUCUGAAAUACAUUGGAGAAAUUGGAUUUACAUUAUUUUAAGUUCAACCUUUGGCUGUGUCAUUAUCACUUGAACACUGUCGUAAAUGGAUGUGACUAUCCAUGUUUGUUCUGUUUCUGUCUUUUGUGCCUGUACAGAUUUUUUUUUUAAUGUAUCAGACGCCUAUUGCAUACACAGUACAUACAAAAGUCAUCACUUUGGAAAAAUAUACGUGUAACAACUAUUAAAAUUAUUUGAACCAAAGUUAUCAGGCUUUAUCUUUUAUAUUUGAAGCCUGUGGUGUUCACAUUCCUUUUCCCUAUGGUUUCUUUCCAUCUUAAAUAUCAUAUCUGUGCUGUAGACACUAGUCAAAUUCCUUAUUUUUUUGUGAUUAAACAGCUUUUACAUCCCUCUGCCUGCAGUACUUCUGCUAAGAAAAGUAGGUGGGAAUAUGCUGCUUUAAUGUAAUUUGAUAUCUGGGAAAAAAAUUGCUUUCAUAUGUGUGGGAGUCAUCUUGCGAGAGACGGGACACAGCACACCAAUAUGAUGCUCUGUAAAGUCAGUUUACUCUAUCAAAAGGCGAUUCUUUUAUACAGUUCUGAUUUCCGUACAUGUGCAAACCUUAAUGUUGAUUGUUGCAUACGAUGUACACACGCUUUAAAACCUCUCAUUAUUGGCUAUGUCCAUUGACGUCUAUAAAACCUCAUCCUCAUUUAACAUCCUCGUUCUAACAUUUUACUUCCUCCUUAUCUGAUGUCAGAAUUGCCACAUCAGCGCUUUGUGACCGUUCAUCAACCUUUAUCCUUUACCUUAAAUCUUCUUCCAUGGCCCAGGCCACUACACAUAUGGAAGGGACUGAUCUUCUAGUAGUAGGCACAUUGUUGGGUAUUCAUAUGCAAACUGUAGUCAACUAAAAAAAAAGGAGUUAUACUUUAAACUGUAAGAUUCAUAAAUGCAUCCCUCUGAACCUUAGUUUUAUAUUCUAAAUCAUCAAAAUUUACAAUCAAAUUUGUAUUCAUCUCUUAUGCAAAAAAAUAUUUUGCUGUUACUGGAAACUGUUUGAUUUCAUAUUUAAUAAGCAGUAACCAGCAAUAUCCUUUUAAAUGUGGGGAAACUGAGUGAUUUAAGAUGUUUACUAGUAACCAUAUAAAAAUGUAUAAUUUCUUAAUUUGGGUAAUGAAGUGUUAAAAUACUAUUUGUAGUCUUGAUGUACAGAAAUAAAAUGAUUGGUUUUCUUUU